GACUUAGAUAAGAGACUAUUUUGUAAAAGGUUUUAAUAAAUGUCCAUAUGAUAAAAUUGGAAUUCUAAUCCACAUUGUACAUAUAUUGUACAAAUUAUCACUCAACUUGAAUAUACUUGAACACAUGUAAGGUCAUAUGGUCAUAUGUAGUCAUAUGCAAGGUAGCAAACAAACUGUCAAAUUGUCAUAGAUCAUUGGUUUUUAGUUCAUUUCUUGAAGGAAAAAUAAAAUCUGUUUAAAAAUGAAGACCCGAUUUAACACUUAUGAUCUUGUAUGCUCAGUAACUGAACUACAAAAGCUUAUUGGCAUGCGUGUCAAUCAGAUAUAUGAUAUAGAUCACCGAACAUAUCUUAUACGCUUUCAACGUAGUGAAGAAAAAUGUGUUUUGUUACUUGAGUCUGGUAAUAGAAUUCACAUAACAAAUUUUGAAUGGCCAAAAAAUGUGGCUCCUUCAGGUUUCUCCAUGAAGAUGCGGAAACAUCUUAAGAAUAAAAGAUUAGAGAGUCUCACUCAAAUUGGCAUGGAUCGAAUGAUAGAUAUGCAAUUUGGAAGUGGUGAGGCUGCGUAUCAUAUAAUCUUAGAAGUUUAUGAUCGUGGUAAUAUAAUCCUUACUGAUUAUGAAAUGACAAUUUUAUAUGUUUUAAGACCUCAUACAGAAGGAGAUAAAAUCAGAUUUGCAGUGAAAGAGAAAUAUCCAUCGGACAGAGCUCAUUCUGCAACAAUGCCACCCAUAGAUGAAAUUCAUGAGCAUAUUCAGAAAGCUAAGGAAGGAGAGAGUCUUAAAAAAGUGUUAAAUCCGCUGUUAGAAUUUGGUUCAGCUGUGAUUGAUCAUGUUUUACUGAAAGCUGGAUUUAAUUUUGGCUGCAAAAUUGAUAAAGAUUUUAACAUCGCUGAAGAUAUGCCAAAAUUGAUGUUAGCACUUGAGGAUGCGAAUAAUAUCAUGGACCAUGCAAAGAAAAAUGUUUCAAAAGGCUACAUUAUCCAGAAAAAGGAAGUAAAACCGACUGAAAACGGGGGAGAAGAUUUUAUAUAUGCUAACAUUGAAUUCCAUCCUCUUUUAUUUGAGCAAUAUAAGAAUCAACCAUACAAAGAAUUUGAUUCUUUUGAUGCUGCAGUGGACGAAUAUUUUUCCACAAUGGAAGGACAGAAGCUCGAUUUAAAGGUUUUACAACAAGAAAGAGAAGCUUUGCAAAAAUUAGAGAGAGUAAAGAAAGAUCAUGAUCAGAGAUUGAUUACAUUGGAGAAAACACAAGAAGUAGAUAAACAGAAAGCAGAAUUGAUUUCAAGGAAUCAGACUUUAGUAGAUAACGCUAUACUAGCUAUACAAAGUGCUCUGGCAAAUCAGAUGUCUUGGCCUGACAUUCAAGUUUUAUUGAAAGAAGCUCAAGCCAGAGGCGACCCUGUUGCUUCCGCUGUAAAACAAUUAAAAUUAGAAACAAAUCAUGUUGCUUUACUAUUACAUGAUCCUUAUGAAGAUAGCGACGAGGAAUCUGAACUUAAACCUAUGAUCAUUGACAUAGAUUUAGCCCAUACGGCUUUCGGCAAUGCCAAGAAGUAUUAUAGUCAAAAAAAGUCAGCAGCUAAGAAGCAACAAAAGACAAUAGAGUCUCAGGGCAAGGCUUUGAAGUCGGCAGAAAAGAAGACGAAGCAAACGUUGAAAGAGGUGCAAACCAUACACACUAUUAAUAAAUUAAGGAAAAUGUAUUGGUUUGAAAAAUUCUAUUGGUUUAUUACAUCCGAAAAUUAUUUAGUAAUUGGAGGAAGAGAUCAGCAACAAAACGAGUUGAUAGUGAAGAGAUAUCUGAAGGCGGGAGAUUUAUAUGUUCACGCAGAUUUAGGUGGUGCUAGCUCUGUCGUGAUAAAAAAUCCCAGUGGCAAUUCUGUACCACCAAAAUCGUUAGCGGAGGCAGGUACAAUGGCUGUUGCAUACAGUAUAGCUUGGGAUUCCAAAGUAAUAGCUAGUGCAUGGUGGGUGCAUCAUGAUCAAGUAUCGAAGAGCGCACCUACCGGAGAAUAUCUCACUACUGGAUCCUUCAUGAUACGUGGAAAGAAAAAUUACCUGACUCAGAGUCAAUUAAUCAUGGGAUUGGGAAUCAUGUUUCGACUGGAGGACAGUUCAAUUGAACGGCAUAAAAAUGAAAGACGAGUAAAAACUGUGGACGAGGAAAGUGAAAAAGCCGAUUCUAUAAUUGAGGAUGAUAAGGAAAUAGAAUUAGAAGGAGACUCGGAUGAAGAUGAAAAUCUAGAAAACAGAGAUACAUUAAAUCCAAUUCAAGAAGAGGAUCAUUUGACAGAGGAUCAGGAGAAAUCAGAAUAUAUAGAUAAUACUAAUAAAGAUGCACAUGAAGAAGAUGAUGAAAAUGAUACAAACUGCCAAUUUCCCGAUACACAAAUUAGAAUUGAUCUUUCGGGCCCGAAGGUAAAGCUACACAUAGAUAAUAAUCAGCCCUUAAUGCAAACGCAAAAGAGUACGGAGGAAAGUGUAGUUUAUUUAGGAGAUGACAAGCCUAUUGUGAUAAAUACAGCUAAAGAGAAGUCUGAAAAAGUAAAACAGAAAGCACAUUCGAAAGAAUCAAAAGAAAAGACAGAAAAGAGUGAUAAGAAUGAAGUGGAUAACAAAAAAGGAGAGCAACCUGCGUUAAAACGGGGACAAAAGGGAAAGCUAAAGAAAAUGAAAGAAAAAUACAAGGAUCAAGACGAGGAAGAUAGAAGACUUUCCAUGCUCGUCUUACAGUCGGCAGGUGCAGCCAAAGAAGAUAAAAGAAAAAACCGAGCAAAAGAUCCGUCAGGUCCAAAACAAGGGAAGAAAAAGGCAAAUCCAAAACCAAAUGUUACAUCGCAACCUGUACAUGUAAUUGAUAAUGUUGACGAUGAAGAUACGGGCCCAACUCCAGAAGUCGAUAUGCUCGAUCAGUUAACAGGAAAGCCUUUCUCAGAAGACGAAUUGUUAUUCGCUGUACCUGUGGUGGCACCUUACAAUACCUUACAAAAUUAUAAAUUUAAAGUGAAACUGACACCCGGCAUUGGAAAGAGAGGUAAAGCUGCUAAGACAGCUGUAGCCGUAUUUCUCAGAGAUAAAGAAAUUUCUUUACGUGAAAAGGAUUUGUUAAAGGCUAUUAAAGAAGAAACAAUUGCCCGAAAUAUACCUGGAAAAGUAAAAAUAAGUGCUCCUCAGAUUCAAAAACUAAAGAAAUGAUUGCCUAUGAGUUUUUAAGAACCAUGUGAAAAUGGUUUGUUAUUUGUACAAAUGUUCUUUUAUAUAUGUAACAAACUAGUAAGUCAGAGAUAAAAACAAAACUUGAAAUUACAUUUUUUUUUAUA